GAUAAUCCUACUGCAGCAAUUACGCAAACAGUUAAAUUUCUCUGAGUAAAGGACAAAGUGCUUCUUCCCAAAUAUGACUCUCGAAAAGUAAAAGUUGUUUACAUGAAGCCUCUGCCAUCCCGCAAAUUAUAAGGGUCUUUCAACUGAUUUAAAAUACUCCCACCGGCUCUAUUUGUUUACAUAGGGUAGAUAGGCGGACAGAAAAUCAAUAUUUAUUCUGAACGUGAAAAAGUGCAUAGUUGCGUACUGCGAAAUUGACUUAAAGACUAGCCUUCCGUACGAACGGUGCUUCUUCGCUAGAAGUAAUGAAAAUUUUUGGGAUUGAGUACGCCCCGCUAUUAGUUCCUCUCGAACGAAGAAGACAAACAUGGGCUGUUUUCGUUUGGAUCGGCUCUUUUUUUUUUAUGGGGCCAGCAGCUCUUCUAGGAUUUUUGUACCUGUUCUUCUUCACACGUUUCUACUUUGUCCCUUUAUUCUAUGUGGCCUGGUAUGUAGCUGACAUUAAAACACCUGAAUGUGGGGGAAGAAGGUGGAAUUGGGUACGAAGAUGGUCUUUAUGGAAAGACUAUGCAUCCUAUUUCCCAGUAACACUGGUGAAAGAAGCUGAUUUAGAUCCAAAAUUCAAUUAUUUUAUUGGCUCUCACCCUCAUGGAAUCCUGUGCUCUGGUGCCUUUUGCAACUUUGCUACAGAAGGAACAAAUGUUUCUAAAGUCUAUCCAGGAAUUACCUUCUCAUUAACAACAUUGAACUGCCAGUUUGUAAUGCCCUUCUACAGAGAAUUUUUCAUGACAAGUGGAGCUGUUUCUGCUUCCAGAAGGAGCAUCGAUCAUAUCUUAGGGAGUAGUCCUGGAGGCAAUGCUGUCAUAUUGGUGGUUGGGGGAGCACCAGAAUCACUUGAUACUCAUCCCAAUGUUGAUGAUGUCACCUUAAUUCUAAAACCAAGAAAGGGAUUUAUUCGUUUGGCUCUUAAGCAUGGGGCUCAUUUAGUACCAUCUUUUUCUUUUGGUGAAAAUGAAGUGUAUGAUCAAGUUGACAAUCCUCGUGGUUCAAAGUUAAGAAGUUUUCAAGAUUACCUCCAGAAAAUGAUUGGACUAGCACCAGUUUUGAUAAAGGGGAGAGGCAUAUUUCAGUACUCAUUUGGUAUCAUUCCAUACCGUAGACCAAUCACUACAGUUGUUGGUAAACCAAUAUUUGUGGAGAGGACAGGCAAUCCUAGUGAUGAGCAAGUUAAUGAGUUACACUCAAAAUAUAUUGAUGAGCUUGUUGCCCUUUUUGAGCGACACAAGCAUAAAUACUACCCACCAAGAGAACAUAUCAAGUUGAAAAUUCUCUAAAAUUUUAUACUUUUGUUGUGUUAGAUUUGCUGUUUGUUUCAUACUACUAAAAACAGGGUUCCUAACUGAAAGAUUUUUCAAAAUCAUAGAAAUACACAGUGCAAGCCUGUA